GUGCAGAAUCUGGAGGAGUUCCGCUACUUCUUCGCCGACGAAGGGGCAGUGGACCCGUCCAAAGUUGCGUUGGCUGACCUUGACUGUAUUUUGGGGGAGAGUGAACUCCGUGACCUUAAGACCAACUUCUGGCGGCGGUACCGCCAACGAUAUCCUCCCGAGGUGCACCCGUCCGAUGCUACCGUUUCACGGGUCAGCAGAGAAAUGGGCAAACGGAUGUUGUGCAUUUUUUCCGUCUGGAAAGUGAAGAGCCUACAGCGCCAACUGUUGUCGUCAGUUAAGAAGCGGAAACUUGCCCCCAACCUUUACACUGAGGACGACGACCCGGACGAGGUACCAGGCGCGCCUGCGGGAACCGAGGAGGCUCACCUAGGUGCAGAUUCCAGCCUGUUUGUGGCAGUCCCUUUGGACGUGCUGUCAUGGCUGCAGGCCCGCGACCAGGAGGAGCGCACCGAGUGGGUCGCCCGGUUCCGGGACUCCCAGAAGACUCUGGGUAAGAAAGUCGCCUCCUGCAUGAAGGAUGGGAAGCAACUGUGCAAAGAAUUUCAGAGGGGCAGAUGCAGCAAGAAGGAUUGUCUCUUCCUCACCUACCAUCGCAGAGAGCGCUCAAGGGGCGAGCCCGUCCCCCGUAUUUCUGCACUUGCAGCCCGUUGGAAAAGGCUUUCCUUUGGUGCGGAUGGCACGUCUUAUCGGCUAGUGGCGUCGACGGUCAUAGCCACGAUCUUGCUGUGCCCGGCCGAGCCGCCCGCUCAGAUCUACACGGUCGCUGCUGACAAUUCGGCACAGGAGGCUGGGGACUGGAUUUUGCAACAAAUGGACUUGAUCAGUGGCCGAGGCGGCGGUUGCGCGUGCGAGGCGCCUUCCAACUCUCCAUGGUGGGCUUCGAUGGCCGAGGGGCGGCCGUUCGAUGCAGCGAGUUGGCAUGACACGACAUACUCUACCUGCGUUUUUGCCGGUGCCAGGUGCAAGUCUCAGACCAUACGGCACAACAUCGACGAGCUCGCGCAAGGCCCCUCCCUGGCAUGCCAGCAUGUGCAUGAUGCUUCGGAAUGGGAGCCUUACGCGCUGUGCGACUCCAUCGUCUACCCCAGUCACGAGGAGUCCGAGUGCACUGCCCCACUGGCGUUCUUCCUGGCGGUCUCGGUCUCUUGGUGGGCUGCGCGGCAAGGUCUUGCCGUUGCCAAGAUCCAUCGUCUCCCCCCAUUCGAGGCGACCGGAAGAAAAGAGCAUUGGCUGCAAAUCGACCCCGAUGCCGUUAGAUCGAGAGCUAUGGCACCCCUCGCAAUAUCGCUGGGACUCCGGCCUGCUCAAAUCCCGGGCGCAGCUGAGCUCCCGGUUCCAGCCUUGACCUUGGCCGAGGACACAGUUGUGGACAAAGGUGUUUUGCCCAGCGGCUGCAUCUACGUCGGACAAGGCAACUACCAGCACAGGCUCCCCACUUCGCAGUGGCGCAGCCCUUGGGUGGCGGGCCUGAAUUGCGAUCCAGCCGAGAGGUUGACCCGAUAUGCGGAGUUCAUCCUGACCGAGCUAUGGAACGAGCUGGACCAGCUUUGGGGCAUGACACUUCUAU